AUGUCUUCCACCGUAGUAGCAGUAGCAACAGCAGCAACAGCAACCCCCUCCACAAUCUGCUCCGCAAACCUCUACGACACCCCCGAACACGACCGCGUCUGCGCAAUGCCCUACGGCGGGAACCACACCGCCAUAAUGUCCGCCUGCUGCAACGACGCCGACGUGGUCGCCUACUACGCAAACUGCGGCCUCUACUGCCUCGCCCUCGACCAAUCCGUCAAGGACCUCCAAGACUGCCUCUUUGAGCAAGGGGCGGGUUACACCGACGUCUUUUGCCGCGACAAUGGCAACGUAAACGCCUCGGCCACGGCGACCGGCAACGUCGAUCCGCCGCCCUCGGCGCAGGCCAGCGUCGUUGCCUCCGGCGGGGGCGGUAGUGGGCGUGCCAGCGGGAGCGGGAGCAGCUCGGGUUCCAGCUCGGGUUCCAGCUCGACGUCGUCGGCCAACGCUGCUGCUGCCGGCGUGAGCACCCUCGGCCUGACCAUUGGCGCUCUGCUCCUCUCCGCCGCCACUUUCGGUGCUCUUCAGAUCUAA